GUUACGUACACUGAGGAGAUUUCACACACUCGAGUGACAACAGUAAAACUAUGAGUGAUACGUUUCUUCGGACGAAAGGGACUCUUCGUUUAAGGUUCAAUUGACGAUAGGCAGGAAAUAUUCGCAAAUCAUCGACAAUCUUCUUCGCUGUUAUAAUCGGCGUGUUGCGGGUGUCGAGACAGGAAAAAUCGCAGAUCGGAGAAACGGAAGAUCGAGAUCACGAUCGAGCACGGAAUACCUCGAAUAUCUAUGUCGGCGUUGCAGUAGUUUUUGACGUGUAAACAAUUCGCGGAGUUGCGUGUGUGUCAUUCGGAAUGAUGAUUCCUCAUUACGUAAAUUGCACAUGAGAGAUGCUAUGGUGAAGAAAAAGUGUAUAAAAUCUUCUGGAUUCUUCGCAACGGAUGGUGGCUAUCGAAAAUGACUGACUCUACCUCUUCUGCCGCUUCUACUCUCGUCAGGAUUUGUGAUAGUAAACAAUGUCUAUUGCAUACCUACGUACGUAGUAUGGAUGAUGCUAUUAUUUCCUGUGAAAGUAUAUCAACCACAAGUGUAUUGGCGAAUCGAAGGCCUAUUUUUCCACUGGUUGUUGGCAAUGGUGUCGAUGUGGUCAUGGUCUGCAGGUUACGACGUAAUAGAGCAAGGGGAUGACAUCCAAAAGAUUGUGAAUGAAAGGACAUUAGUUAUAGCGAAUCAUCAGAGCACUGGCGAUGUUCCUAUAUUAAUGACAACAUUUAACGCCAAACCGAAUGUUCUACCCAAUUUAAUGUGGAUAAUGGAUAGGGUGUUCAAAUUUACUAACUUCGGCAUAGUCUCUAUAUUGCAUCAAGAUUUUUUCAUCGUAUCGGGCCGUAAACGAAGAGAGGAGAGUUUAAAACAGUUAGAAAGACAUCUCAAAGAGUCUUACAUACCACGGGAGAGGAAGUGGAUGGUGCUUUUCCCAGAAGGGGGUUUCCUGUGCAAGAGGCGGGAGACCUCGCAAAAGUACGCUAAGAAGAACAACUUGCCUAUUCUUGAGAAUGUUACUCUGCCGAGAGUGGGGGCUAUGCAGACGAUAUUCGAGACACUCGGACCAGCACGGAGUAAAAAUACAGAAGAUCAACAGUUAAACAGUCGACCAAGUAUGACGGUAGCUAAACCAGAAAUUAGUUGGGUUCUUGAUAUAACAAUAGCGUAUCCUCAAGGUAAGCCGAUCGACUUGCCUACGAUCAUAACUGGCUCAAGACCGCCGUGCGAGACAGUGUUGUUCUAUCGACUUUUCCCUAGUUCAGCGGUUCCGCGUGAGCCGGAACUGUUAUCUAAAUGGUUGUACGACAGAUGGGUGGAGAAAGAAGCGCUUUUGGAACAUUUUUAUAAAUACGGAACGUUCCUCGGCACGAACGAGUCGAGGCGGGAGGGUUGCAAAAUACAUCAGGAUCCGUUAAGAUUCCUAGUCCUUCAUGUAUUCUUCAUAAUGUCUAGUUAUAUACACUAUAGCAUGUUUAGGUACGUGCUAUCAUGCUUUUGGUAAGAUAAUAUUUUAUACGUCACGUUAAGACGCACGACGCAGUCCAGUCUAAAGAAGGAAAUCACAGAGAGUAGCGAAGUAAGAUAUCCCUGCCUUAAACAAUUUCGAUGUCGAGAAGAGUAAUUCCAACGAAUGUGCGAAUUAUCAAACCGACAGAUCUAGUUGAAAAAUCAAUCGCGACACUUCUUUUUAACGAAAAACACACAGUUCACACACACACACACACACACACACACACACAUCCAACAAACAAACGGCAUUUACCGUGAGACCUGUUACGUGAAUUUAAAAAUAUUAAGUUAGUGUACCUUGUAUCUCGUUUCAAAACAUAAAUAAAUUUUAUAUUUAGCACGAGAAAGGAAACACACUCGAAAUGUCGUCGAACACAAAUGAAAUGUACUUGAAAAAUUCGUGUCUGUACGAUGUUUCUGCGACUACACGGUUUCAAAAGUGAUUUUUUAUCGUUAUGUCAUCCACUUACACACGUUUACUGUAUGUCAUUCAUUUCCUCUAUGUAAAUUAAUAGAUUGCAUAACGAAAACACUUUUACAAAUCAACAAUAUUUGUAUAUUCUUUCGACGGUGAUGGAAUAUUUUUAAAAUGGAAUAUCGACGAGUGUACGACAACGUCGACUUGUGGAUUCAUUUCUUUUUCGUUACUUUAAAUAUCGGUGGAUUAAGGUGUAUUUAUUUAGAAAUUAUUGGUGGUAACACUGAGAAGACACGUUAGAACGCAUUGGCGAGAGACGAGAUUCUGAUCUCUCUCAAAUAUAAUCCUUUUUUUUUUCUUUUUUUUCUUGGAGACGGCAUAACGUUUUUUGCUACUAAUUCUUGCGAACGCGUGAAUAUAACUAGGCUAGAUUACUCAACUCUAAAUCCAAGCGAUUUAAACGGCUGUUAGUUCGCACGAUCGUAUUGUAUACGUUGCAUAAUAAAUAUUAUACGAUUUUGUAGAUA